GCACAAAAUGCGAUACAUAUAAACGCGACGUAUCCUAUAUGCUAUUCAGAAUCAUUGACACUCUUAAUCCAGUCUUAUUUUUUACUUCAUUCACUUUCUACUCGGAAACGACAACUUCCUUCUUGGAUAUCUUUAAUCCAACCUUGGCACAACAAUCAUUUCGCGAUCAGAUGUCGGACAAUCUCAUGGGUGGUGUGGUGAGUCUGCUGAGCUCAGUCAGUAAUACCACUCAUCCCUACGCAAAGGUUGCGGAUCAUCUUGCUGCGAUUGUCACACCACCCGAGAGACCUACGUGGGCCAAAGUGAUCACCGCCGCAAAUAUCGUAGCAAACCUUUGGAUGCUUUCAGCCGCGGUGUCUACAUGCGUGAUGCGAAAGCGAAUCGGAACGUUUUCUCUCGGAAACAUCACAAAUUGUAUGAUGGAGAUCUCAGAUAAUCUUGUGCGGCCCAAUGCAUGUGUCUGUUUUGCAUUGGGUAUCAUAGGUCUCUCCACUUUAACGAUCAUUCAAUUUACGUGGGAUUUGGUGGCCGAGGCUAGACAUACGGUAUUACCAGGACGGUUGGCAUUGCCUGGAAGCAAAUUUUUGUUCAAGUGGGCUGGAAGUUGUUGUUUUUCUUGGAGUACUGCAGCUCAUCAGAUUUGCGGUAAGUGGGAUCCACCUUGGCGACCGAACAUGAUGGCUCAAGGAUCUCCAAGCCAAGUUCCUCGUUCAGUUGUGUGGACAAUCAACAUCACGUUUACAGUUUUGACUGCUGUGGUCUUCACAUCCAUCACGACCGUAUAUUCUUUGGGAGAAGUCAGUAUACAAAAGGCAACGUCGUCCACGUCCAACGUCGUGGAGAAGUUCAGAGCACUAGAUGCCAGUGGUGAUCAGUUCAGUCUGACCGAGGCUUUGAGGCUCUUGCAGCCAUUACUCGGUCUUUCAAGUGUAUUGGAGCAAAUGUCGUUUUAUAUGAAGCUCGGAGCACUGUUAUGGAUUAUCUGGGAUUGUCUUGAUGUGGUUAUCCAAUUUUUUAAUAUUCAACUCACAAUUCAACAAAAGCGAAAACUUGGAUGUAAGAUUGGUGUCUGGGAUACGUUACGUCAGAUCAUGACAAAGAAUUCCAAUAUAUCAAGCCAAACAAUCGAUUAUGUUCAUGAACAAAAUAUCAUGAUCAUCAUCUCUGGCAUAAUAUUGAUUGCCUGUCUCAUUCUGGUGCCCGUGUUGAUCUGGACAUAUAUCAAUAGCUCAAUAGAUGAGGUAUUAACAGCGAAUUUCGUCCUGAUAAACGACUUGUCUAUAAGCUGCCUUAUAACCCUUAUUGGAAAUGUUCUUAUGUUUAAGAUACUAUCACAAACAAUGCGAUUUUACAGGUCCAAAAGAAACCCAGAAAAAACAUUCACAACUUCAGACGAAUUAAGGAUGAGAAAAAGUAUAUUUUGUUCCAAUAGACAAGUAAAACAAGAUGAACCUUCAAUCUUCUUACCUCCUGAAAAUUUAGAAGAUCCAGAAGCUCAAAUCUCUGAAUCUUGUGAGUGGACGGAAACAAAGGCAGAAGAGAUUUCUAUUGUAACAGCUGUAGAUCCACCUACUCCAAUUUCUGUCAGAUCGUUUGACAAGUAAAACUGAGGCUUUGCUUUGAUUCAAGUAAACCUCCAGCCUUCCAAUCUCUACUCAACAGUGUCUUGGGGUGGUGUUUUGUUUUUAAUUAUCUGUUUCUAUUGUAUUCAUCUCACUUAUCAUGUAUUGUAAUCUAAUGUGUAGACUAUGUGAUACUAGGUUUUUCCUAGCCAAACCUGAAGUAUCUGUAUAUGAACACUCUAGGUUAUUGGGGCAGGGGGCUUGUCCAGGCUUCUGGAUAGCUCCUAGUGAACAUACUGAAAAAAAUGUCCCAAAGUUUAUUCAUACC